UUCACGACGGCCGGCCGUCGUCGCUUACAGUCACUGAAAAUCAGGCGCUUCAGCGCGCUCGCAAUUAAAAGUUUGUUGUUUCGUUUUGCACGUUUAUUAGUUCCGUGCCAUUAACCGAUUGUUGGGGGCCGUUAAUUGUUAAGAUUAACCCUGAACAUGGAUACCCCUUGUGGCGGUGCCCGGGAUGCGUUCCUUGUAUGAAAGAGUGCGUUGGAAGAAGAGAUUCGAGGAGGACAUGAGCAGCAGCACAAAGAGUUCAUCUGAAAUAGAAGUACAACCCACCACUUCCAAGGUGACGCAGACGUCUGGUCCCAGGAAGGUUGUCCAGAUGAAAAUAGUGUGGUACAGGAAAUGGGGGAGGUUCAUAUAUCACAACGUACUCGGUUGCGGAUGCUUCGCCAAAGAGGAGAUUAGCAUGACCAAAUUGGAAAAAACCGUCAAAGCAACCUUAUUGAUCCAGCAAUGGUACAGGCGGUACAUAGCCCGUCUCGAGAUACGGAGAAGAUACACUUGGACCAUUUUUCAAACUCUGGAGUACGCCGGCGAACAUGACCAAGUCAAGCUAUACAGUUUCUUUAAUGCACUCUUGACACAUAUUCCCAGUACGGCAGGUGCGGGUGGUAGCAAUUUAAACUCGAGGAGUUCAUCAGUAGAAGAUUUAGACUUGGACGGGAAAUACGAGGACGAAUCGCCGGAUCCGGAUGAAGAGUUCAUGGACAUGGAACAGAAGAAACUGACUCAUAUUAAACUCAACUUUCCGCUCAUGGAAGAAGACAUAACCAGACUGUUAGAAGUGUUCAAGAAAAGACGUCACUACAGAUUGCCACCAAGUGUAGUGGCUGAAAUCUUCAAAAGAGCCAUCGCAGCUUUGAAGCAGCUUCCCAAUUUGAACAAAGCUUCCAUUGCAAUCAGCAAGCAGAUCACUAUAUGCGGGGACCUUCAUGGAAAGUUCGAUGAUCUUCUUGUUAUCUUCCAUAAGAAUGGACUUCCAUCAAGCGAAAAUCCUUACGUCUUCAACGGCGAUUUCGUGGACCGAGGCAAAAGAGGCUUAGAGGUGUUAAUAAUUUUACUUUGUUGCUUAUUAGUCUAUCCGGAUUCCGUCUAUUUAAAUAGAGGCAAUCACGAGGACCACAUAAUGAACCAAAGGUAUGGCUUUGUCAGGGAGGUCCAAUCGAAAUACCGGAGAAACUCUGAAAAGCUGUUGAGGCUGAUCGAGGAGGUCUUCAGGUAUUUACCAUUGGGGACGAUCCUUAACAACAAAGUUCUAAUAGUUCACGGAGGCAUAUCAGACACGACUGACUUAGAGAUGAUUCAAUUACUCGACAGAAGCAAGUAUGUGUCCCUGCUGAGACCCCCUGUAAACGACACCGCGACGGUGGAAGCCAUCGACAAAGUAGAAUGGAAACAGGUUUUCGAUGUGCUUUGGUCGGAUCCACAGACAACAAACGGCUGCAUUCCAAAUCAACUUCGUGGAGCCGGAACCUAUUUCGGUCCGGACGUAACUAAGAAGUUCCUCGAAAAAUACAAACUGUCCUACAUCGUGAGAUCACACGAAUGUAAACCAGAGGGCUAUGAAGUGAUUCACGACAAUUCUGUGAUAACAAUAUUCUCAGCAUCCAACUAUUACGAAAUGGGCUCUAACAAUGGAGCCUACUUAAAAAUAGUGGGCCCACACUUAGACACCCACUACGUUCAAUACAUGGUAAAAUCUGGAAGGAAGAAUCUAACUUUCUUCCAAAGAAUGAGUAUGGUUGAGACUGGAGCUAUCAAGGAACUCCAAAUGCAAAUUGCCACAAACAAAGAUAGAUUGCUUGAGGCGUUCACGGAAUAUGACCCAGAAAAUACAGGACUGAUAACAGUCACACAAUGGUGCAAAUCCAUGGAAGCUGGUACUAAUCUACAAAUACCUUGGAGACUAUUAAAAGAUAAACUCGUUUUGCUAGACCAAGACACUGGCAAAGCCAAAUAUCUAAGCACAUUUGAUAUUAAAGCCAACAACGUGAACUCAGUUCAGGGAGCAAGCACCGUGGUAGAAACCCUAUACAGGAACAAAAGAAGCUUGGAAGCGAUCUUCCGCAUAAUCGACAAAGACAACUCCGGCUACAUAAGCUUGGAUGAGUUCGCCGACGCCUGCAAUUUGAUUAAGGAACAUCUACAAAGCCCAAUGACCAAAGACCAACUGGAAGAUCUGUGCAAACUGAUGGACUUGAACAAGGACGGAAUGGUGGACCUGAACGAGUUCCUCGAGUCGUUCAGAAUGGUCGAUCCCGAGAGUAAAAUGAAGAACGAAGCUAGUAGUCCGGAACCACAGGAGCCGGAGCAGGCUGGAAGAAAGACGGAACCUCCAAAGUUUCUGGAUGUGGACUCUAUUAAAAUAGCCAAACGAGGCAGAGACGGUCCGGACACUCCCCCCAUAUCACCUGCCGUAAUGAAACCGUUGAGAAUUAUGCCGAAAAUUGACGAAGAAAAUGGUGGCAAAGGAGCUGUGGCAGAGGAAGUUUUAACCAAAGAACAGCACGAGAAGGAAGUUAAUAAAAAUGGCGACAGACUAAAGAAUGGGAACAAAGAAAUUUAUGACGCGUCCGUUAAGGUUAUAGUCCAUAAGGCCGAAAACAAGGAGGAAAAGGAGAAACAAGCAGAAAAACAAGAUCAAGAGUCAAAUUCGGUACACAUAAAUACCCUACAAAUGUCACCCGUACUCAGCUCUAGAAGGGGAAAAUAAAUGUUGUUCGAUGUUGUUCUAAAUGGAAGUUAUUCAAAUUAAAUAAUUAUAUGGAUAUAUGGAUAUAUUAUAUUUAAUGGAACUUCUUCAGAUAUAUAUAUAUAUAUAUAUAUAUAUAUGUCCCUUACUAUAUCCAGACUUAACUUUCCAGCUUUUCUAAUUUUUAUUUAGAGCUAAUUGUAUCGAACCGAUACAUUUUAUUCUUCGAAAAAUUCUAGAGCAGUGUUAGCCUUAAGUAGAGACUUUUAUAAAUGACAAUUAUAUCCAAUUUUGAAAGUUAUACUUAUGACAAAUACUGUCCAAUAUAAAUCAGCUCAAGUCUAUUAAAGAUUAUUUUAUUAAAAAGAAUGAAUAAGUAAAGCUAUAUUUAUCCAAUAAGUGUAUCUGUAACAGUCAAUUAACUUGGCACUGUUGUAAACUCAAAGUUUAAAAGGUCGUUGGUGAGAAUUAUUUGAUAUCUAUCUAUCUUCGUGCACACUAUAAUAAUAAUAAUAAACCUAAUGAUUUCCUCCAUAUCAUACACUCUUGAUAUAUUAUUAAGUGUAAACAUUCUAAAUUAAACCAACUGAAAUAAAUUAUCGACAGCUCCAUUAGUUUAAGAAAAAAUUAAAUAAAUAUAUAUUUAAUCGUUUAAACUUCGUUAUAAAAUUUGUUAAUUGUUAGAAAUUGUAAAUUUUAUUGAUAUGUUGUUUAUUUAAAUAUUUAAAUAUAGUUGCAUUAUUACAGCUAUAUGCACGUUUGGAAUUGAAAUAUAGUUCCAUGUAACAUCGUUUUAUUGUAAGUUUUCUUAAACUAAUGAAACUAUGGGCCCAAAUAAAAACGUUAUUUAAAGAUGUAAUUAUUUUUAAUAAAUGUAUACAUGA